AUGGAGGAUGUUAGGUCUCUGUGCCGGUCAGCCGAUGUGGUGGCCCUACAGGAGACCUGGUUGCUGCCUCACGAUCUACCCCUACUAAACACGAUUGACGAAGACUUCGGGUGCACCGGAACGUCUGCGGUCGACACUACGACGGGGCCACUUAAAGGCAGACCGUAUGGAGGUGUGGCGCUGUUAUGGCGUAAAAGUGCGUUUGAGUCGGUGUCUGUUGUGAACUGCAAUCAUGUGCGGGGAAAAUUUCACUGUGCAGUCACCACUGGGUCCUGCGAGGCACUUGAUGAGCGGUGGUGGGGCCGUCAGAGCCGGGAGAAAUCACAAAAUACCUGC